CUUCGACUCAACCCGUGAUGUACGGGACUUUUAGUGACUACUACACCACAAUGACUACUGGUCACCACCAAAUACCGUUGCUAUUUUUGGUACUAUUACUGCUCCUGAUAAACUCAUUUUUUAUCAGCGUUAGGUCACGAUGCUGUUCAUGCCCCGCUCCACGCUGCAGCAUACCCCAAUGGCCCUGCUGCAACAAGAAAAGCAAGUGGUGGCACAACAUUUUGGGCUAAAAGGUUUCGAUAAAGUUAGGUUAAAGUCUCACCGCCUCCUACUUGUUAUUUUUGCAAUUGAAGGGAGCUCUGGGGAGGGAUCUUUUAUUCCAGAUCAACUUUGCGAAACAAUUGUGUAAGCUCACGACCUUCGGCCCACCCCCACCCUGAGUUACAUUUUUCCCUGUGCCCACCCAACAUGACUGGAUGGUGAUGCCCGACAACGUCAAAUGAUUUAUUCAAUUUGUUCUAUGAAGCGUAAACUUUUUGUUGGCUUUUUUGAACGCCGCUGUCUGCGGAAGUUCCCUGUGUGAAUCAAUCGCCGGGGUGAAGGGUACAAGGUUCUUUCGACGGACCAGGACCAAUUUUAACAGUUUUCCACAUGACAAUGGACGAGCUAUUUUGGGUGGGCUUAAAACUUAAGUUGAUUAAACACACAGCGGAAG